AUGGCACCAGAUCUCGCCGGCCAUCUGGAAUAUCUCGUAGGUACCGCCGAGGAAUCUGCAGACCGCGAGAAACGCCUCCUGGACGAAUGGUCCAGGUACUCCGUCCCAGGAAACAACGGUGUUCCACCCAAAGAUGUCUCGAGCGACCUCGGCGAAGACGACGAAUGGGACUCCAUUCUCGAUUUUCUCCAGGACGCGUCAAACGCUCCCGAUGGCCAGUCGGACGACUCUAUCAUUUCGUCACUCCUCUCGAAGCCUGACGUGGAGCAUCUAUUGCCCUCUCUGGUGUCUCUCCUCUCGUCGAACAAACCGGAUGAUGCGAUUUCAGAGGAGCUGGUCGAAAUGAUCGGCUUCGACAAUAUCGAACUGUCGAUGCAGCUGCUUGUCAAUCGCAAACAUGCAGUCCGGGAGCUAAAUACGUUCUUGAGUGGAGGCUCCAGCCAGCCGCCACCACCACCUGCACGUGAACAGCACAAUGGUCGCAGUAAGGGGAAGCAAAAGCAAGCCCCAUCGUCGCAGUUAGACUCCCUCGAUCCGGCGGAGGCUCGAAGACGCAUGGAAGAAACCCUUCGAGCCAAUGCCGAUCGCCCGCUAUACACAGGCACAGCGCACGAUGCACCGGAGGCCCUCACUCAUGUCUACACCUCUUCAGCUAUGGCUCAGGGGAAUGUGCUGUCACACCUCGGGACACGCUAUAUGCUGCCUUUGGGGACUGUCAGGCGCGAAACCGAGGAUUACGAGGAAGUCACACUACCGCCAGCGAAGACCGUACCACCGCGCGCUACAGAACGUCUGAUCCCGGUCACUGAGCUGGAGCCACUCGCAAGAGGGUCUUUCCCGGGCUACACUUCGUUGAACAGGAUACAGUCGAUUGUCUACCCGACCGCGUACCAGUCAAAUGAAAACAUGUUAAUUUGCGCUCCUACUGGUGCUGGUAAAACGGACGUCGCGAUGCUUUCCGUGCUGCGCGUCCUGGACCAGUUCAGGAUUCGCGAUGCCAACCCGAACAACUUGGCCGCGUCAAUAGAGAGAGACAAGUUCAAAGUCAUCUAUGUUGCGCCCAUGAAAGCCCUAGCUUCGGAAAUUACGCGCAAGCUCGGGAAGCGUUUGCAGUGGCUCCAAAUACGAGUGCGCGAGCUCACAGGUGAUAUGCAGCUCACCAAGAAAGAGAUCGCGGAGACGCAGAUCAUUGUGACGACCCCGGAGAAGUGGGAUGUUGUGACGAGGAAGCCCACGGGCGAGGGCGAACUUGCGUCGAAAGUGAAACUGCUCAUCAUCGACGAGGUGCAUUUGCUCAACGACGAACGUGGCGCCGUCAUCGAAACCAUCGUCGCGCGUACACUCAGGCAGGUCGAGUCCACGCAAUCCGUGAUUCGCAUCGUAGGGUUGAGUGCUACGCUCCCCAACUACAUCGAUGUCGCAGACUUCCUGAGCGUUAACCGGCAUACUGGUCUGUUCUACUUCGACUCCUCCUUCCGGCCGGUCCCACUCGAGCAGCAUUUUAUCGGCGUGCGCGGGAAGCUCAACUCGCCACAGUCAAAGAAGAACCUGGACCGCGUCACGUACGAGAAGGUCUCGGAGCUCGUGCGCGAGGGCCACCAGGUCAUGGUGUUCGUGCACGCGCGCAAGGAGACCGUCAAGGCCGCAGAGGCGAUCAAGGAGGCCGCGCUCGCCGAUGGGGGCCUCGAGGACUUCAGCUGCCAGGAGCAUCCGCAGUUCGACUUCUUCAGGCGGGAUAUCGGGCAGUCGCGCAAUAAGGAGAUGCGGCAGCUGUUUGACCAUGGGUUUGGUAUCCAUCAUGCGGGGAUGCUGAGGACGGACAGGAAUAUGAUGGAGAGGAUGUUCGAGGCGCGUGCGAUCAAGGUUCUUUGCUGUACAGCAACACUGGCGUGGGGUGUCAACUUGCCCGCCCAUGCAGUUAUCAUCAAGGGCACGCAGGUAUAUGAUAGCUCCAAGGGAGCAUUCACAGAUCUGUCAGUGCUAGAUGUCCUCCAAGUCUUCGGACGUGCUGGUCGCCCGGGCAUGGAAGAUAGCGGUGUUGGAUAUAUUUGCACGACGGAAGAUAAACUCACACAUUACCUCGACGCAGUGACGUCUCAACUCCCUAUAGAGUCCAAGUUCGUUGCCGGAAUGAUCGAUUCCUUGAACGCUGAGGUCGCUCUCGGUACGGUCGCCAACGUGCACGACGCCGUCCAGUGGCUCGGAUAUACCUACCUCUUCGUGCGCAUGCGCAAGAACCCUUUCACAUACGGCCUCGCAUGGGAUGAAGUCGCGGACGACCCAUACCUCGGUGCGAAGCGGAACCAACUGAUCACCUCUGCCGCGCUACAACUCGCCGAGGCGCGCAUGCUCGCGUUCGACCGACAGACGGGGAGUCUCGUUGUCACAGACCUGGGCAGGAUCGCGGCCAAGUACUACAUCCGGCACAAGUCCAUCGAAAUCUUCAACGAGAAGUUCCGGCCGAAGAUGUCGGAGGCGGACGUGUUGUCGAUGCUGAGCAUGAGUACUGAGUUCGACCAGAUUCAGGUCAGGGAGAACGAGGUGAAGGAGCUGGAAGCGAUGAUGGAGAACAUCCCGUGUGCGGUCAAGGGUGGCACCGACACCAGUCAGGGGAAAGUCAACAUCCUGCUCCAGGCGUAUAUUUCUCAACAGAGGCCAGAGGACUUCGCGCUCGUCUCCGACCAGGCAUAUGCAGCGCAGAACGGCGGGCGUAUUAUACGCGCCCUCCUCGAGAUCGCCAUCUCCCGCAAAUGGGCGAACGUCAGCGCAGUGCUGAUGGGCAUGAGCAAGGCUAUUGAGAAGCGCCUGUGGCCAUUUGACAACCCGCUGAAGCAGUUCGAGCUGAAGAUGGACGUACUGUACAACCUCGAGCGUUGGGCAGACGACUACGCCGUGGCCGAGCUUGCGGAGAUGAGCGCUGAUGAUCUUGGGAAGCUCCUCCACCUAAACGAGAGACACGGCUCCGCCGUGCGUGAAGCAGCCAAGCAGUUCCCCACUGCUCGCAUCACGUACAGCUUGCGGCCUCUGGGUGCGGACGUACUCAAGAUCGCGGUGAAGAUCGAGCGCGCGUUCAACUGGAGCAACAAGACGCACGGGUCUGCCGAGCCGUUCUGGGUGUGGGUGGAGGACCACGACGGGACAAAUAUCCUGCAGCUCUCGCAUCUCAUCUUCCGGCCGACGACGGACACCCUGGACGUCGAUUUUGUCAUCUCGUUGCCGAGCCAGAAACGGCCACCGUCGGUCACGAUUCGCUUCGUGUCCGACCGGUGGCAGGGCGCCGAGGAGGAGGUCGAGGUGUCUCUGGAGGAGCUCGUCAUGCCGGCUGCGUCGGACUCACAUACACCUCGUCUCGACAUUCCGUUCCUCCCGCUCUCUGUUGUCCAGAACCCACCCUUGCAGGACUUCCUCGCACCACGAUUGCACGGAUUCAACGCUAUUCAGAGCCAGGCGUUCUGGAGCGUGACGAAGACGAGGUUAAACACAUUAUUGUGUGCGCCCACGGCAUGCGGCAAGGAAACACUGAAAAAUUCUCCCACUGCUUCGUGGACACUCGUUAUCGCUCCUCGACGAAGUAUUGCCUUGGAGGUAACUUCGGACCUGCGAUUAUCGUCCCAGGGGCAAGACGCGACAGUCGACUUCGUAGGAGCCGAUCGCCUCUUUGAGAAACCGGUCCGCAAAACCGUUCGUGUCACAACGGCAACAGACCUCUUUCAUGCGGUCUCGCGCCAACGAAACGUCAAAGAGGCGCUAUCACGGCUCCGCCUAGUCCUCUGCGAGAGCCUGGAGCUCCUAGACGCGGUGUACGAGCUCGGACUAUCGCUGCUCCUCCACGCCACGCAAGCGCAUCCAGUCCGUUUCCUCGGGCUCUCCAACUCGCUGACUGAUUGUGCCGACCUUGCUGCAUGGCUGGACGUCGACCCGCUUGCGCUGCAUAGCUUCAAGCCGAGCGACCGUGACCAGGCACUCACCGUCUCGACGCAGACAUUCACCAUCCCACACUCGGGGGCGCUUUUCAAGGCGAUGGCAAAGCCCGCACAUGCGGCCAUCCAGGCGGCCCGCGGGGAGCCCGCCAUCGUCUUCGUGCCGUCCCGCAACCAGUGCACCUCCGUCGCUCUCGACCUCAUCACGCAGUGCGCGCUCGAGAUGGAGACCGCACGAGGAUACCUCCCGGCCGAAGUUUCGCUUGAACUGCUCGAGCACUACCUUGCGCGGCUGCAGAACGGCGCGCUCCUGCGCGACUUCAUCACGCGCGGCGUCGGCUUCUUCCACGACGGGAUCGCGAAGCCCGACCGGCUGCUCAUGCUCGAGCUCUGGGCAGAAGGCCUGCUGCGCGUGCUCGUCGCGCCGCGCGAGGCGUGCUGGACGCUGCCCGUGCGUGCGCCGACGGUCGUCGUGCUCGGCACGCAGUACGUGCACGUCGCACCCGGGGGCGCGGGCGACGAGCGGCAGGUGCGCGAGUACGCGCUCGAGGAGCUCGUGCGCAUGCAGGGCAAGGCCGUGCGCCACCGCGGCGCGGGGCACUUCCACCUCUUCUGCCAGGCGGAGGGCAAGGACACGAUCACGCGCUUCCUGAACGACGGGCUGCCGCUCGAGUCGCGGCUGCUCGAGGCGGAGGUGCUAAGAGCGUGGUUCCGCGAGCGGCGGAAGGACGGGGGCAUCCCGGACAAGCAGGCGGCCGUGGACGUGCUCUCGUGCACGUUCCUCGCGCGGCGGCUGGUGAGCAACCCGGCGUAUUACGACGCGCGGUCGACGUCUGUGAACGAGCUCUUAUCGCGGAUCGUGGACGAGCUAGACGGAUAG